GUGUGUCAGUAUGCGGCGUGUCGAGGCCUGCAGCAGAGAGGAGAUAUAAAGCCUCUCCGGAGUUUCUCUCUCCAUAUUUACAGGAUUCACACACACUCUCACACACACUCUCACACACACUCUCACACACACCAUGAGGACCAGCUGGAUCUCAGUGUGUGGACUACUGGCUGCAGUGUGUGCCGUGCAGGCCACACACACAUUUUACUCGACGGUGCGCUGCGACUGUAAUGGCCGCUCCAGGUACUGCCUGCGAGACGCCGGGGGGCUGCACUGCGUCGACUGCCAGGGACAUUUUGAGGGUCGCCACUGCGAGCGCUGCAAGGACGGCUUCCACCAGCAGGGGGCGCUGCCGAGCUGCACGCCCUGCCGCUGCAACCCCACAGGUGCUGUCAGUACCACGUGUGACAGCAGGGGGCGCUGCAGCUGCAAAGACGGCGUCACAGGAGACAAAUGUGACCGCUGCCCAGACGGACCAAUCGGAGCCACCGGCUGCAAGCAGAGCCGUCAGCCCAGACAGGAUUCUGGGAAUUGUUUCUGUUACGGUCACAGUAGCCGCUGCUCUGCAAAGUCCGGAUACUCCGUCCACAACAUCACCUCCACCUUCGCCAGCGGUCCGGACGGUUGGAGAGCAGCGACGGCUCGAGGCGACACGCCCCCCGACGUUCACUUCCGCUGGUCUCCUAAACACCAGGACCUGGAGGUGAUCUCCAAGAACAGCCUGCCGGUCUACCUGUACGCUCCAGCUCGUUACCUGGGGAACCGGCUGCUGAGUUACGGUCAGAACUUCUCCUUCUCGUUGCGUCUGGACCGAGGCGUCCGUCACCCGUCCGUCAGCGAUGUGAUUCUGGAGGGAAACGGCCUCAAAGUGACGGCUUCUCUGGGAGAGCUGAGGUCCAUCGUGCCCUGCGGACAGAAGGUCCACUACAGCUUCAGACUGGACGAGCAGCCCAGCAGCCGCUGGAGGCCUCAGAUCUCCUCCGCUCAGUUCCACUCGCUCCUCCAGAACCUCACCGCCAUCAAGAUCAGGGUCACGUUCGGAGAGAAUGGGCGCGGCUACCUGAACAACGUGCGCCUGGUAUCAGCUCAUCGGGGUGCUGGUCCCCCUGCUGGCUGGGUCCAGACCUGCAGCUGCCCGACCGGGUACGACGGGGACUUCUGCGAUGGAUGCUCGGCGGGGUUCAGACGCAGCGCCCCCGCAGACGGAGCCUUCAGCCCCUGUGAGCCCUGCAGCUGCCGGGGGGGGAGCUGCGACCCGCUGACCGGGGACUGCUACUCCGGGGACCAGUCGUCCGGAGACUGCUCCGCCGGGUCCUACCGAGACCCGUGGCCCCCAAGAGCCUGCCUGAAGUGCCCCUGUCCGGAGGGAAGGUCCUGCUCGCUGGCUGCUGGGUCUCUGGAUCCCCGCUGUGACCGCUGCCCUGCAGGAACCACAGGUGAUGACUGUAACGUCUGUCAGGAGGGGUUUUACGGCGGCGCUGCUCGGGGUGACGGCGUGUCGACGCAGACCUGCAGACCCUGCCAGUGUAACGGACACAUCGACGUCAGUGUGGUGGGGAGCUGCCAUCGAGGCAGCGGAGAGUGUCUGAAGUGUGUGAACAACACCAAUGGUCCCAGCUGCGAGUCCUGUCUGCGAGGGUUCUACCACAGCCGGGCCGCCGACGCCUGCAAGGCGUGUGACUGCAGUGUUCUGGGCUCUGAGUCCGGACAGUGUGAUGAUUCGGGUCGCUGCCGGUGCCGGCCAGGCUUCGAGGGUCUGAAGUGCCAGAGGUCCAACUGCCCCGCCUGUUUCACCCCCAUCAAGAGAAAGAUGCAGGCCUACGCUGCCAAGCUGGCCGAGCUGGAGCGUCUGUUCUCAGAGAUGGACGCAGGUUUGAAACCCGCCAACAAGGCAGAGAUGGAGGCGGCUCUGAACGCUGUGGAGGAGCUGGUGGACGACCUGCAGUACGAGACCGAGGGGCUCACAGUGGCGGAGAAGAAGCUGCAGGCGCGUCUGGCGUCCAUCAGCAGGAGUCAGCUGGACGAGGAGCAGGAGAUCCAAAACGUGGUCGACGCAGCGGACGACAUCAAACAACAAGAGCGGACGUACAGCGCCAAGGUGAAGGAGGUCCAGGCUCUGAUGGAGGACAUGAAGAGAAAACUGGACAAAGCCAAGGCCGACCUCAGAUCAGCCGACAUCCCUCAGGGAGACGCUCCUCUGGGGACGACCCUCCUCUCCUCUCUGGUGCCCACGGCCCUCAGUCUGGCUGAUAAACACCAGACGACGGCUGACUCUGUGGAGCGGACCGCCAGCGAAGCUCUGACAGACUCCAAGAAGAGUCUGGCUCUGGUCCGGGACCUCAUGACCAGAGAGAACAAAGUCCAAGAGCUGAUCGGAGACAUGAAGGCCAUGCACGAUAAGACCUCGGCCCAGGUGAAGAGUUUGGAGAACCAGGGGGUCCGUCUGAGCGACCAGGCCAAAGACGAGAGCAAAACGUCCGACGGCAUGUUGAAGGACAUCGCCAACAUGGAGCGAAGCAUCCCAGCAGACCUGAAGGGGCAGGUGGACGCCAUGGUGUCCCGUUUGGACGAUGUGAAGGUGGAGGUGGACGCACAUAUCUCAGAUUUGGAUGCGCUGCAGGACACCGUUCAGCGAGACAAGACCGCCACCGAGGACCUGCUGGCCCAGGGCAAGGACGCCACGAAGGAGUUCAACAAGCUGGUGGACAGAGUGGAUGUCGCCAAGGUGCAGACGGAGGACGCUCUGAAACGCAUCAACAGCAACACCAACGAGCUGGAGGACGCCCUGAAUGCGCUGAGAGGCUUCGACCAGCAGAUCGACGACAGCAAGUCUCUGGCCGACGACGCCAUCAAACGUCUUCCUGGCAUCAACGCCACCAUCCAGCAGGCGGUCAGCAACAACGAUGAGACCAGCGGCAUCCUGGGAGACGUGUCUGCAGAGUACGACAGCUCCGUGAAGACCAUCAACCUGCUGGGGAACCUGGUCACCGGGCUGGAGAACACCUUUGGGUCCCUGCCGCCUCACACCGGUCUGCUGAACCAAGCCACCAAACUGAACAAAGACUCUAAGGAUCUGAAGCAGCGAACCCUCGAUGCAACAGAUAACCUGACCUCAGAGCUGGAGGACGGCCGGACGCUGGAGGGCGAGGCCGAGCAGGCAGCUGAUGGGGCGACUGCAGCUCUGAACAACGCCAGAAACACCAGAGACGACGUGGGGAAAACUCUGAGAGACAUCAACGCCCUGCUGGCCAAGAUGGACCAGUCCACUCCUGUGGACGAGACCCAGCUUCGGGCUCUGGAGGUGGCUCUGGACGGGGCUCAACAGGAGGUGCAGGGCCGCCUGAGGCCCCGUCUGAGGGACAUGGAGGCCGGAGAGGAGGCGUACCGCCGGAGACUCUCUGGCAUCAACAGGGACAUCGGCUCCAUCCUGAAGGACAUCAUCAACCUGGAGGACAUCCUGGCAGCCGUGCCCUCCGGCUGCUACAACAGCCCCCCCAUCGAGGAGGCCUGAGCACUACAUCUCCCACAAUGCACCUGGGUACUAUCUCUUAUCCUCCAGAAACACCUGCCACUUCAACGGGAAUCUACCUGAUGUAUUAUUAUGAGAACGUUUCAUAAAGAAUCAUUAAAAAAACACUAUAAAUAUAAUGUUAUAUAUAGUGUUAAUCAGAUAGCAGUAAAAUAUUGGAGCUUAUUUUGAACACUAGAUCCUACAUAUCCCAAAAUGGGUACUAUCUCUUCAGAAACACCGGCCACUUCAACAGGAAUCUACUUGAGUUUGUAGAAAAGCGCUAUAUAAGUGCCAUGUAUUAUUAUUAUUAUUAUUAUUAAUAUUAUUAUCAUCAUUAUUAUCAUUUAAACCAAAGUGCCACUACUUUAAAUAGAAUUAGCGAUUUUUAUGUAGUGGCUUCAGUUUUCAGAUCUUCAAAUGUAAAUGUUGUGUUUAUCAGAGAGCAGUACGAUCUCCCACAAUGCACCUGGGUACUAUCUAUCAUCCUCCAGAAACACCUGCCACUUCAACAGGAAUCUACCUUAUGUAUUAAGAAUAAAACCAAAGUGACACCACCUGAUGUAUUAUUAUGAGAACAUUGCAAGUACUAUAAAUAUAGUGGGAUGGAUUCGCUUCAGUUUUCAGCUUUUGUUAUUUAAAUGUUGUGUUAAUCAGAUAGCAGUAAAAUAGUGGAGCUUAUAUUGAACACUGGAUCCUACAUUUCCCACAAUGCACUGUGUCUCCUAUAAAUAUUAUUGCACCUAUCAACUACUGAUAACUCUCUUAUUUUGAAUAAACCUCAUAAAUAAUAACUGACAGGUUGUUAUGACACGGUUUACUUUAAUUAAUCAUAUUAACUUAAUGGAUAUUGUUCAAGUUUGUUUUUUAUAAUGAUGUGACUUUGUGAAUGUUUUUAUAUUUAUAACUGUACAUACAUUCAGUUUUUUUUAAUAUUUGUAAUGUCUCUGCUUUUAAAUAAAACAGUUUUCUCUUC